AUGACGCUUCUGUCGUGGAAAGAGUUUGCGCAGGCCUUCCAAACGGACCGAAACAUGGUCGAACACCAGCAUCGCUGCCUCCAAAAGCAAGUGGCCGCCCUGGAAUCGCCUCAGCACAUGCUGCUGCUGUGGUUCACAUCGACGCACUCCCCCGUGCACGCACCGCUCUUGACGUACAAGCUCACGUCGCUCCUGGGUGAUACCACGGCCCGAUCGUUGGGCCUCGACUGGAUCUCCAAGCACUUGUACCACAAUUUAGAUCCUGAUUUCCUAGAGCGAUGUCGUGACGCGGACCAUGGCGACGGCCUGCGGUACUUGCGGUAUGCGUCGCUGAAUAGUCAAGCUCGCAACGACAGCUUCCACGAAAUGAUGCUGGCCCGCCUGGACGGCUUGGUAAAGUUUGAGCUUCAAGGAAACACGCAAGUGUUGCGGUACCGUCGCGGCGGAAGCUCUGUCGUCGACGCAUACGAUCAUUUGGCAUGGCUUCCGUAUGUGACGCAUAGCCUGCGACGAGCGAGCGGCGAGAAUUCACCCUGGAAGUCCAGUGUCCGACCCGUCAAGUUUGCCCACCUUCAGCGCCGUACCGAUGCCGUUGCCACUCACGUGACAUAG